AUGGGAGAGAAUGUCGAUAUGAUUUUAAUAGAUGAGCACGGUGGUAAGAUUCAGGGGACUGUACGGUUCCCUAAGAAUAAGAGAUCAACUAGCAGAGGGUGGAAUAUAUAUUUGGUAGUGGCUGAUGAAGAGAUUAAAAAUAUUGCUUUUGCUAAAAUUGAAACUUGCUUACAGAGUAAUGGGAAAAGUCUAUCUAAUUAUCCCAUAAUGCCUUGUCCUACUGAUGAAUCUAUUCUCGAUGAUAGAACAUUGAGAGACAUCAAUUGUUUUUCAAAUCCAAAAAGUUCUGAACAACCAUUUGGGGGGGAGGUCGUUGUUCUUGGAGGUGAUUUUAGACAGAUCUUGCCUGUUAUUUCUCAUGGUUCUAAUAAUGAUGUCAUAAAGAUUAAAAUGUUCUUUAAAUGGCUUCUUGAUGUUGGUGACGGCAAUGUUGGUGAUAAUGUUGUUGUAUUCCUUGUUAUAAAAAUCCUAGACGAAAUCUUGAUGAAGGAUUCCAAUGUUUCGCUUUCAGAUUUAGUAGAAUUUACAUAUCCAAAUCUUUUGAAAAAUAUGGAUAAUUCGUCUUUCUUCCAAGAACAUGUUAUAGCACCAAAAUUAGCGGAUGUUUGCAUGUUAAACGAGUACUUCAUGUCAAUCGUUCCAAGUAAAGAGAAGGUAUAUCUUAUUUCAGAUAACAACUGUAAAGCAUAA